AUUUGUUUGAAACAGAUAUAUGCCUUUUGUGAGGACAGAAGAGAGGAAUACAACUCCGAUACAGUUUCCUGUAAGAUAUCACAAUGACCCAGAAUCUCGUUCUCAACACUACCUGGGAGAGCCCGAGCCCUUCAAAUUCCUCCGUAUUGCAGGAAAACCCUUUGACAUACCAGAACAUCACCUACGUUGAUUUCUACCUCCACAAGCCUUCGGUGUCCGCAGUCUUCACCAUCUCCUACCUGCUAAUCUUUGCGGUGUGCAUGGUGGGCAAUGGGGUGGUGUGUUUCAUUGUGCUGCGCAGUAAGAACAUGUGCACGGUCACCAACCUGUUUAUCCUCAACCUCGCCAUCAGUGACCUGCUGGUUGGCAUCUUUUGCAUGCCAACCACUCUGGUGGACAACAUCAUAACAGGAUGGCCUUUUGGUAGCAUAGUGUGUAAGCUAAGUGGGAUGGUUCAAGGGAUAUCUGUGUCAGCAUCGGUGUUCACUCUAGUGGCCAUAGCGGUUGACAGGUUCCGCUGCAUUGUCUACCCUUUCAAGCAGAAGCUGACCAUCGCCACCUCGAAGCUAAUUAUCGUCAUCAUAUGGGUCCUGGCUGUGUCCAUCAUGUGUCCCUCUGGGGUCAUGCUCCAGGUCACAAAGGAGCAGAGGGUGCGGAUAGUCCUCGGCCCCGGCAACAACACCCGCCCUUUCUACUGGUGCCGGGAAAAUUGGCCCAGUCAGGAGAUGCGGAAAAUCUACACCACCGUCCUCUUUGCUAACAUCUACCUCGCCCCUCUCAGCCUUAUUGUCAUCAUGUAUGCGCGCAUCGGCUUCACCCUCUUCAAGACCACUAUUCCUCCGAUGAGGGGCAGUGGAAUCGCGUCUGGAGAAGGGAGUGGCAACAACAAAUUGGGCGUGGAAGGUCGUCACACAAUUUCAAGGAAAAAGAAGAGGGUGAUAAUGAUGCUGCUGGUUGUGGCUCUGCUCUUCGUCCUAUCCUGGCUGCCUCUGUGGACGCUGAUGAUGCUGAGCGACUACGCCAGCCUGACAGAACACCAGUAUCGUGUCAUUAAUAUCUACGUAUAUCCCUUAGCUCACUGGUUGGCCUUCUUCAACAGCAGUGUUAACCCCAUCAUCUACGGGUUCUUCAAUGAGAACUUUCGCAGAGGCUUCCAGGCGGCUUUCAAAUUCGAGCUGUGCUCUGCUGACAUUGAGCGCCAGAAGACCUACUCCCAUCGGAUCAGAGGGAAUGCGGUGCUCCCGGUCCAGCCUGCCACUCUCAGCAGAUUAGGCUCAGGAGUUGGAUCAGUGUUAGUGGGAAAUGGGAAGUGCUCAUGUCAGGAAGGGGGGUGUUUGGCUGGUAGAAAUGAUAUCAAAGAACCGGACCUGACCAUGGAGGUUCUGGAAAAGGUGUCCCAUAUUUAGAUGGACUGAGAGAGUGCAGCACAUGGACACUUUAAGAGGUUCUGAGGCUUUUGGAGAAUCAUUUAUUACAUUUGAAGGACAAUGGAAAACAGGGCUCAGAAAUACAUGAUUAACCGUCAUGUGUGUUUGUUUCAGGUGAAUGUAUUUGCAAGGUUUACAACAUGUGUCAUCAGGAAUCAUUUUGAAGAUCCCUCGUGAAUGUUUAUUAUGGUGUAUAUAUAGCAGAGACUAGUACAAACACAUAGCUUAAUGUCCCCAAAAAUGUGGUUUAAAAUUUGCUGGUUUGAUCAGAUCUGAUUGACAGUGUCCUGCAACCAUGAACAAACGACCCAUCAACUGUCAUCAGAUUCUGAUUCAAAUGUUGCUAAAUCCCGAUUGGUGGAUGGGCAGUGUGAUGUCACCUUUUUACAGCUGAUCCCUGCCCUCUUCAAACCCGACAAAGAAAGAGCGCGGAUAAAGCACAAAAUGCAGAACUCUCUCAUGUGAAAUAACCGAAACAGUUCUAAGUUCGGAAGCAAACAGAAGGUACCCCAUCUCUCUGACUACCAAGCUGGGUGGGAGAAAAGGUUUUCAGGGCCCUCAGGAGAGGAAAUAUAAUCUGAAUGUCCAGUUUUUAUCACAGUGUAAUGAAAUUAGUUGGAUGACAUGAGAUAUUUUGUGUUAAUUGCUUUGAUUCAAAUGUGGUUCACAUUCUGUAAGCCUAUCCAGCUGUGUUAACCCUAUUAAACAUUCUCUUUGCAGGUGAUGUAAUCCCUUUGAGAUUCAAUGAAAUGCAUAGUGGCACAGUUUGAUCAGGCUUUUAUUCAGAAAAGCACUGGGCAUUACAAUUACUGCUGGAAGUUUUUAAUGUUUCAGGGAGAAUGAAAGCCUAUCUAGGCAUGUUUGACAAUUGAAGAUUUUGAUAUUAGAACAGCAUUAGAAUAGAUUAGAAUAAUACAUUUCAACGGUAAAGUUCAAGGCAGUGUGAUGGGAAUCUUGUCGGCUUCCUCCAGUCAAAGUACAUGUUUUCUAGUGCCCCAAGGCAGUUGGCGCUGGGCGGACGGCUGUGACAUGAGGUGGCACUGGAAGAAGAUCGCAGGCUCUUUUGGAAAGCCUCCACGUGUCCUCCAGUCAUCUGCUCCUUGCAUGGCCCCUUUGAGAUGUGAACGCUUUAAACAAUGUCUAAGGGAAGAGGGUUACAUUUGUUAGCAGCAGGAUCUGGGAUUUCAGCUUCAGCAGAGCAGAUAAGAGAUUAGAGAGACUUACCAUACCGAGAAAAUGCAUGAGCACAUACACAUUAUGUGGUCAUGUACAUAAAAAAGGUAUGCUAAACAUAAAAGCGUGGGAGAAAAAUCACCAUCAGUUGAAGAAUGAAUCGAAUAUGGAAACAAAGCUUGUUAAUAUAUAAUUGCUUGAUGGCACAUUCUUCAAAUUUUCAGAACCAUUCGAACAUGACUACUGUGCUAAAUUGUACAUAAGGUGUUUAAAUCACUGUCAGAAGACCUUCAGGUCUCAAUAAAACACCUACACUAUACAGUUUGUCGAGCAUUCAGCGGGAGAAUAUGACUUUGGAGUCGCUAUCGUAGCUGUGAGCAGCACCUGGUAUUGUUACAUAACGAUGGUGUUCUUUUGCUGUUCUGCAAAGACUUGCCAUGAAUGUACAGCAUUUAUGUAAAAUUUUAAUUAUUUUCUGGGAACCCUAGUGUUUGUGCCCCAUUUCCACAUUCAGUUACAUUUGAAAA